CGCUUACACGCUAUGGCAUUAGACUAAAAAAAAGGAAAUAUGUACAGUUAGAUUCUGUAGUUGUUUCUAUUGACUUAAGAUAAAGACUAUGUAUGCUACGUUUUUGCAGGCGGAACGCUGUAAAUAAUAACACUCAGCUGGGAUUAUCCACGAGACGCCUACCUUGAUUCUGCGCAGCCGCCAUUUUGCUCGUCUGCCGAAGUUACCGCUUCUGUCCUUGUUUGUGGGAUUGGAGUGGGCACCAUGCCGGCCGGACCAGUGCAGAUAAUGGCGCCGCAGACACCGGACGGAGGCCAGGUACGGGACUCUGCAUCGCGGCAGAGGGAGAUAGAGCAGAUGGAGGAGGAGAAGAAAGAAGAGGUAGUUCCAUCCAAGCCUGUUGUUGGAAUUAUUUACCCUCCUCCAGAAGUCCGAAAUAUAGUGGACAAAACCGCAAGCUUCGUAGCAAGGAAUGGCCCUGAAUUUGAGGCUAGGAUCCGCCAGAAUGAAAUAAACAACCCAAAAUUUAAUUUCCUAAACCCCAAUGACCCAUACCAUGCCUAUUAUCGACAUAAAGUCAAUGAGUUUAAGGAAGGAAAAGCCCAGGAACCAUCUGCUGCUAUCCCCAAAGUCAUGCAGCAACAGCAAUCUGUACAGCAGCUUCCACAGAAGGUUCAGGCCCAGGUUGUCCAGGAGACAAUAGUACCAAAGGAACCACCUCCAGAGUUUGAGUAUGUUGCUGAUCCUCCAUCAAUCUCUGCAUUUGACCUGGACGUGGUAAAGCUUACAGCACAAUUUGUUGCUCGAAAUGGUCGCCAGUUUCUCACACAGUUGAUGCAAAAAGAGCAGAGAAAUUACCAGUUUGAUUUCCUGCGUCCCCAGCACAGUCUUUUUAACUACUUUACCAAGCUUGUGGAGCAGUAUACCAAGAUCCUGAUACCACCAAAAGGAUUACUUGUAAAGCUAAAGAAAGAAGCUGAAAACCCAACAGAAGUAUUGGAUCAGGUGCGUUAUCGUGUGGAGUGGGCAAAGUUUCAGGAAAGAGAGAAGAAAAAAGAGGAAGAAGAGAAAGAGAGAGAACGUGUUGCCUAUGCACAAAUAGACUGGCAUGAUUUUGUGGUAGUGGAAACUGUGGACUUCCAACCAAAUGAGCAAGGUAACUUCCCACCUCCAACCACUCCAGAAGAGCUAGGGGCUCGAAUACUUAUCCAGGAGCGCUAUGAGAAGUUUGGUGAGAGUGAGGAGGUAGAGAUGGAAGUGGAAUCUGAUGAUGAGGAUGAAGUGAAGAACAACAAAGCAGAGGAUUCCUCCUCUCAGAUGGACCAAGAUACUCAAGUUCAAGAUAUGGAUGAGGGUUCUGAUGAUGAAGAAUAUACAUCAAAGGCUCCUCUUCCUCCAGAGUCUCCUAUGCCUCCACCACUGCCUCCUACACCAGACCAGGUUAUUGUCAGGAAGGAUUAUGACCCCAAGGCUUCAAAGCCUUUGCCCCCUGCUCCUGCUCCUGAUGAGUAUUUGGUGUCCCCUAUUACUGGAGAGAAAAUACCUGCUAGUAAGAUGCAGGAACACAUGCGCAUUGGACUACUGGAUCCACGCUGGCUGGAGCAAAGAGACCGUGCUAUUCGUGAAAAGCAAGGAGAUGAUGAAGUAUAUGCUCCAGGGUUGGAUAUUGAGAGCAGCCUGAAGCAGUUGGCAGAACGCCGUACCGAUAUCUUCGGUGUGGAAGAAACUGCCAUUGGUAAAAAGAUUGGUGAGGAGGAAAUUCAGAAACCAGAGGAGAAGGUCACAUGGGAUGGGCAUUCUGGUAGCAUGGCACGUACCCAACAGGCAGCACAAGCAAACAUCACACUUCAGGAACAAAUUGAGGCCAUCCACAAAGCCAAAGGUCUGGUUCCUGAGGAGGAUGGGAAGGACAAGAUUGGCCCAAGCAAGCCUAAUGAAAUGUCACAACCUCCAUCUUCUGCACCUACCAUUCCUACUUCUGCACCCCCUAUCAGCAGUGUACCAAGACCUAUGCCUCACCACCAGCAAAUGACUUCCCAAGUUUCUCGACCACCCACAAUGCCGCCUCCAAUACGCACCACAAUGGUGUCUGCUGUGCCGGUAAUGCAGAGGCCUCCUAUGGCUUCAGUGGUGCGUCUGCCCCCAGGUUCUGUAUUGGCUGCCCCCAUGCCACCUAUUCUGCACGCACCAAGAAUCAAUGUUGUGCCUAUGCCACCCAAUCCUCCUCCAAUGAUGGCACAGCGUGCACCCCAUAUGAUUGUACCUGCUGCAUUUGUACCUGCACCACCUGUUGCUCCUGUGCCUGCCCCUGCUCCAAUGCCCCCAGCUCACCCACCUCCACCACUGGAGGAUGAGCCAGCUGCCAAAAAAAUGAAGAGUGAGGACACGCUAAUUCCAGAGGAGGAGUUCCUACGCAGGAACAAGGGUCCUGUUACUGUCAAGGUUCAAGUCCCCAACAUGCAGGACAAAACAGAAUGGAAGCUGGGAGGACAAAUGCUGUCUUUCACUCUGCCACUGCCUGAUCAGGUGUCUGUCAUAAAGGUUAAAAUUCAUGAGGCCACAGGCAUGCCAGCUGGCAAACAGAAACUUCAGUAUGAUGGUAUCUUUAUUAAGGAUUCCAACUCUUUGGCCUACUACAACAUGACAAAUGGAGCCACCAUUCACUUAGCCCUGAAAGAAAGAGGAGGGCGGAAGAAGUGAACACAUGGAAUGAAUAUCCAGCAUGCCAUGUUGCAGAGCCGUGCAUAUACACAAUUAUUAUGCAUGGCUUCCAUUUUUAUGCAGAAAACACAACAUGUGUACAGUCCCAUCUGGCCAACAGAACAAAUUGGCUGCUAGUCUAUUUUUGGUGUCUGUAUAAAUGUAGAUCAGGUUGGGACAUUGUUUUUGAAUUACUCACUUGAUAGAAUUUUUUUUUAAAAUUUCCUUAAAUGGAAUUCUGCUCUUGCUGUAUUUUAUUUGGCAGUUGAAAGUGAAAAAAACUGUCUUGGGAAACUGGGCACGCAAUCUAAUCUGCAUUUGUAGCAUGCUAAUGCUCUCCGUAUAGCAAAAUAAAGUAUCUUUAAAUAUACAUUUUGCCUUGCUAAAAUAAAUACCUAUAUAGUUGGUAGAAAUAGACCUAAUUGUACGAAUUGUUAUACAGCUGAUUAAAGGGGAAGUAUCCCCAUGUUCAACAUAA